AUUUUAUUGUUAGAACACGAUUCGUUGUACAUAGCAUUCACGAUAUAUCCUGGUGUGACGUCGUUCAUGGACAUGAUGGGUGGACCGUUGUGGGCAGCGCUCUUCUUUGCGAUGCUCACGCUUUCGGCACUUGACGCCGAAUUUGCAUGGAUAGAAAUGAUCAUUUCAUCAGUGUUGAAAAAGUUCGAUAAAGCCAACAGACAUACUGAAAUUCGACUCGUUGUUGGACUUUGUUUCUUCUGCUUCAUUUGCGGUCUUCCGCUCACCACGCGAGGUGGUAUUUUCAUAUUCCAUUCGAUUGAAAACCUCAAUGCCAACUGGAAUUCAUUCUCACUGAGUCUUUUACUGGUUGUUAUUGUUUGCUACAUUUAUGGUAAGUUCAGUUGA